UCUCACUGCAGCAACCGCACACACGCAGACACAGCAAAGCAGCCGCCCUGUGCUUGUGUACUGACAUGGAGGUGGUCAUCGCGGUGAGCGUGGCCAUGCUAAUCGCCCGGGCUUCGGGCUGCAGCGACUGCACGGAGACGUCCGCGGGGUCGCUCGGGAGGCCCAAGAGAGACAAUGCUGCCUGCCGUGACAGCCAAUACCUGCACCAGGGCCGAUGCUGUGAGCAGUGUCCGACCGGGUAUUUUGUGGAGGCCCACUGCACUGCCUCUGCUCAAACACAAUGCAAGUUGUGCCCCGAGGGCUUCUUCCUGGAAGUGGCGUCGGGGCGCGAUGGCUGUUUGCGCUGUCAGCACUGUGACCCAGUGGACGGCCUAGACGAGGCUGUCCACUGCUCCGCAACGUCGGACGCGCGCUGCCGCUGCCAGGUGGGGUCCUUCUGCUCCCACCCGAGCGGGAGCAGCUGCCUCCUGUGCCGCCACCACUCCUGGUGUGAUGCCGGCACACAGCUGCUGCGCAACGGCUCCGAGACCACUGAUGUGGAGUGCGCGCCGUGCAGCCCUGGAACGUUUUCUGCUGGUGGGAACUCCCGGUGCAAACCUCACACCAAUUGCUCAUCAGAGGGCCAGCUCUUGGUUCUGGAAGGAUCGGCUGUGAGUGACGUACGCUGCAUGGUGAUUCCCAAGACCCUGCCUCCCGAGCCUUCAGCCCCGUUGAUGCAGAACACAAUAAUCAUUGCCGUGUGCACGGGAGCAGUAAUCCUGAGCAUUGUGAGCUUUGCGAUGGUGGUGAUGCUGAUGGUGCGUCAGAGGAACCGGCCGGAGAGCCAGUGCAGUCGCCUGGAGGCAGCGGCAGAGAGUGGCUCCCAGCGUGCCUCCAAGCAGAAAGCAGCGCAUGGGCGCCCGGACCCUCAAGGCGGUGAUGGCUCGAACACCGAGGACCGUUGCUCGAUGCUGGAAGCGGAUCGGAACCAGCUCUCCCUGCUGUCCCAGGUUCCCGUCCAUGGCUCCUCGAUAUCCAUCGCCAAGUCGUCUCGCUAUCCGCUGAAGGAAAGUGACGCGGUGUUGGAGUCAAGCAACCCGGAAUGUCUGCAAAGCCUCCCCUGCCAAGACUCGGGCAGGCAGGGCCAAUUCUGAGACGUGGAGACCUACACUAUGGUUGCAACACCCGCACCAAAAGCUUUAGUUUCGUAUAAUAUGUAUUAUGUAUUUGUAGAAAGUACAUGGAAAUAGUGUUUUUUGUAUAUGGUGGGAUACCAUCAGAACAGACUCUGGAAGUCAAACAACUGGUCUGGUAGAGUCGCGGGAUGUGGCAGAGGGUAUAAAUGGUAAAUGAGGUGUGGUGGCAUUGUGGCAGAUCUAAGGGGAGGGGAUGGGGGAGAUUUCAACCUCCCCUUGAGACUUCAAAACUUUGUAUUCCAUUGAUAUUUACUUGUCAAAUGUGUUCAAAUUUUUUUUGUUAAUAUAGCACACUAUUAUUUUGGGAUUACCAGGCCCUUGGGAAGUUUAUAGAUCUGGCUGAUUGGCAUCAACCGUUGUGGCCUUGAUGACAUCUUCAUGUUCAGAAUGUGUCCAGCAAAGCUCUUUUUCCCUUGAAGAUGGAAAUUAAGGGGAGAGUGUUUUACACGUAUAAGUUUUGAUAUUUAUUAAACAUAUUGUUAAAUGGUAUGUGUUUAAUAUUUAUGUUAAAUCAUUAAUAGGAUAGGGAUUUCUGGUGACGUCAUGGCUGAGUGAGCAGCACUGAGACCUCUCUGGCCCCUACUAUAAAAAACAACCCUGUUCAAUACAUCGCUUUUUUCUCGUUAGCUGGUUUCUUUCUUUCUUUGCUCGAGGAGCUUAGAGGAAGUCUUUGUUGCUUGUUAUUUUUUGCCUUUGAUGUGAAUUCCAGCAAAACACCUCUUAUCCAAGUGCCCAUUAUCCGUGCUUGCUUUUGUUUGUUCACUAAAAGCGAUGGCCACACCUUAUAUAUGCACUACAUUGUUCCUGUAGUCCAUGCCACUCGGUGGAAAGAGAAAGUGACGCAACAUUCUUGUUUUUAGAGUGGUGGCAUAAACUAGUCACCUAAAAGUGUUUUCCCAAAAAAGACCUUGACCGAGAAGUGGCAGCAAAUUCAUCCUGGUUCAUUAAAUUCAUCAUUAAUAUCCAUCGAAUUCCUCCUUUCCCUGUUAAAUUCACCCUUAUUCGUCAAAAUGCAGCCUCAUUAUCCGUCAAAUUCAUCCUUAUCCAAGUAGAAGUAAACUGCAUGGAUAAACACGGAUACCAGGACUACCCAAAGCCCUCUCCACCCCACCCCCAUCAAAUCAGAUAAGUGGAGGUUAACUAUAUCUGCAGUUUUUUACAGUUUUAAAUUAUCUUGUAUGUUCUAUGGGAACCUCAUUUGCCAGUAAAAAUAUGAUAAUUGGU